AUGGCCGUUCAUCGUUCAUUAGUUAUUUUUGCAAUCGUUGCUUUGAUGGCUCCGGCGAUCUCAUCGGCAACGGAAUAUGCAGUCGGCGGCGAUGAUGGUUGGAAACUAGGAGUUAAGUACGAAGAUUGGGCUAAGGACAAGCAGUUCUUUGUUGGAGACACUCUUGUUUUCAAGUACAAGGCUGGAUCUCACAAUGUUUACAAAGCGACCGGAGAUCAAUUCAAAAGCUGCACUGUUCCAUCAAACAAUAGCUUAGGCUCGUUCACCGGAAACGACACGAUUAAGUUGGCAACCGCCGGCACCAAAUGGUACAUUUGCGGCGUCAGUGGCCAUUGCGAUGGUGGGAUGAAGCUUAAGAUCACGGUGCUCGACGGUGCCCCAGCUCCGGCUCCCAGCGCAGCUUCAACAUUAUUUGCCAAAGCCACCGGUUUCCAUGUCUUGUUAGGGAUGAUUUUCGCCAUUGCUGCUGUGAUCAUGGUCUAGUGAAGCUUUUUCAUUCGUGGGGGGAAAAUAAUUUGA